AUGGAAGAACUUGAGAAGUCUAAAGGAAUGGAGACCGACCACGACGAUCCCAAUCUAUCUCAGGAUAUACAUUCGAAGUUGUCUGAUUUGGUGAAGGCCGCGACUCCUGAUGAGCUGAAAACCGAUAUGGCUGGCAAGUUUCACUACAUUUCUAGUAUUGAAAAAAAGUGUUAUCUUAGCGGUAAGGCGGGCGGGUUCGGAACUUCGAACCAAUUACGGAAUACGGAACAUUACACGACUGGUGAGAGUCCAGCAAAAAUUUUACAAGGACGUAAUUUGCGUAUGCGGCUCGAUCAAAUAAAACCGGAACGUGCCGCGCGCGUCGGUGAGCACCAGGCGCAGACGGAGUCGCGGGCGCGCGGCUCGCGGCGCCAGCUGAGCCCGGGAGACCCGGUGUGGUACCGCGACUACCGUUCUAACGAUAAAUGGCUAGCGGGACAAGUUUCUGAGAAAUUAGGCAAAACCCUGGACAUUUCCUCUAAGUAUCUGUCUCAGAAUGCUGUGGAUGAGGUGGAACGAGGACCUGCCUUUGACAUAUUGAUUAAGAAGCUGGAAUCGGAAGGGUCUCAGGAGUUUACACCACAAUUCGAUCCCUUGAGAACCAAUUUCGUCGUCGCAUAUGUACUAAAGUCGGCGCCAGGCCUAUCCAGCAUCACUCCGGAUCCCGAGACUGCUCCUGUUUUCAAGAAAGCUUUGCACGCGGUGGCUGACAGCGUUUGUCCCCAAAAUUUGAAGCAGGAUAUGGAAGAGGUCAUCGGGCGCUGUGCGAACUACUUAUCGGCCUUCAUUCGUGACCGAGAAAAGGCUUUGCAGAUUGUGAUAAAUGCAAUGAAGAAGUCUCCAACUAAAGAUUUAGCUAAAAGGGGCACUUAUACUAUGGACUAUGGAUAUGGAGCCAUGGAAACUGAAACUGCGCCUACUAUUGUUCCAUAUCUUCCUAUAAAAGAUAUCGCGGAUGAGAUGAAGGGAAAGUUACACAAAGAUACGGAAACGGAAACGCCUGCAAACUUGAAAGUUGCGGUGAAAAGUGCGGUUACAGACGUGUCUAAGCAUCUAUCACAGGGUACAGCUAUACGAAGCAAAGCAGCCGGUGCCAGAUAUCCGCUAAACCUGCUGUCGGCAGUCAUGAAAUCAACCGGAGACAAGAAACUAUACAAACAGAAAAACUACACUGAAACUUAUGCCGACGGUGGUACAGAGCUACAAUAUGCCGGUAAAUUAGAAGCUGAUCCAAAAGCACAAGAUUUACAAAUCGAGAUCGAUACGGAGCUACGCAAAGGAGUGCCAGUCAAAAUUGCCCCAACGAUCGCGGAAAGUAUGGGAGUCACUAUGGAAGAUGCUUCAAAACAUCUUGCUAAGUCGGGAAUGGCAAAAGCUGAGGCUGUGGAGCACUUGAUAAAAGUGAUGAAGGAAGAAGGCGACGCUCCCUUAGGCAAACUCCAAGGCUACGAUCAAAGCUAUAAAGAUGGCGCUCGAAGGAUUCAAAAUGCCGACUCUUUAUACAACGACAAAGUAGAUAAAGGGGCGUAUGAAAAUGUACAUGGAAAACUCAAAGCGCUAGUUGAGAAAAAACCUGACGAGACCACUGCGAAAGUUAUGCCAAGAGUGGUCGACGAAGCUUCUCAGUAUUUAGCAGCACCAUUACCCGAGACUGACGCCGACAAGCGCAAGGUCCUGGGAGACCUGAUGUCAAGGAAAGAGGGCGAAAUACUAACGCAAGAGGGAGAUUAUAAGAUAUCCUUCACUCAGGGCGGAAAAGAAAUUCAAAAGGCACCUAUCGGGGUGACUACGGCACAAGACGAAGGAAAGAAAAAGCAAAUCAAGGAUCAAAUUACUACCGCCAUACCCAACAAGGAACUGAAAGAUCUUCUUAAUACCCCGGCUGACGAGGGAGCAGCUUACUUAUCCGACGAAAUCAAAGGAGUAGGAAAGUAUUGUUUUCUUACAGUAUUAUGUUUGUCGUAA